AUGAUAUUUCGUUUCUUACUAGUCAUCUCCAUAAGCACUUUUAGUGUGUUCGGAACUUCAAUAUACUAUUUAUCUCAACAUUGUCAUGAUAUACCAGGAUUGACAAUAAAACGAUUAUAUUUCGAAUUAACUGGAGCUGUAAUCUAUUCUCAUCCAAAUUAUGCUCAACUAUAUGAAAAUAUUCAUAAAAAUAUACGUCAUUCAAAAUCAAAAUCAAACUUAUUUAAACAAAACAAUAAAACUAAUAUUAAUAAUCAUAAAAAAUCGAUUAAAUUACCAAAUAAAUUUGUAACAGUUAAUGAAACUAAUUUUCCACAAUCGUAUACUUCUCAUAAACAUCGAAAAAACCAUCUAAAUUCAACAGUAAUAACGACAACAACAACAAUGACAACAAAGGUGUUAAAACAAUCAACUGAAACUGUAACAAAUCGUAAUCAAUUAGAGAACAACCUUGAUCAUAAGUAUCCAGUUAAUUUUAGUUGUGAAAUUUAUGUUCAUUCACGUGUUAAUUCACGUAUUAUGAUAAGAUUUCAAUCAUUCUAUAUACCAUCACAACAGCAUUUAUUAUGUGAUGAAAACUAUCUAUAUUUAUUUGAUUCAAAUACACCACAGUAUCGUGCUAUGGCAGAAGCCGGUGGUGAAAGAGGUCUUUGUCAGCAUCAUUUUCCUACACAACCAAUUUUCACAACAAAAUCAUUUGUUACAAUUGUAUUCAGAUCAACAACAUUCUCAUCAUCUUCAUCAAUGGAUAUGGAACCUGGCUUCAAAUUAAUACUUACAGCAAUAACUGAUGCAAAAUCUGCAGGUGUUUGUGAAAAUAAUGAAUUCUUUUGUGGACAUAUAUCAGUGGAACCAUCUCAGUUAUCAAAUAUGCACAGAAACAAACGUUUAAUAACCAAUAUACUAAACUCAUCUGAUAAAAAAAACUAUUCCACUGAUAUUCAGCCAAUAACUACUAAACACAUUUUACAAAACAUUGUUCAAAAUAAUUUAUCAAAAGUUAAAUCAGUCAAACUAAAACAACGUCGAUCAUCCAAACGUAAAGAUUAUGGUUAUUGUAUUUCAAGAUUACUUCAAUGUGAUAGUAUUGUACAUUGUCAUAAUGCAAGAGAUGAGUUACCUAGUUUACGAAUGAAUCCAUCAGAUUUACCUCGUCAAUUAUUACAUGCAUUAGUUGGUGCUUAUCUUACUCCUGCUGAUUUAAACAAUGUUGGUUGUACAGUAUAUAAAUUAAACAAUGAUCCACUUAUAAACAAUAAUAAUAAAUACGCAUUAGUCAAAAGUUUAUUUCCUAGCUCACAAAUGGAAAACAACAGAACAAAUUUACCACUUUUUUCCCAAUCAGCUCAACAGCUAACACACUGA